AUGAACGACAUGUUCUUCACUCCCGGCCGCGGAAGCAGAUCACCAACCAACGCCGUCAUCACGCCCAGAUUCGAAUUGAAUUCUUCCGGAAGCAUCUCUCCUCCCCUUGUCGUCAGCGGCCUCGGCGUGCGGGCCGACGGACCAACCCAAGCUCCCUCCCUCCCUCUCACAACAGGCGCCAAUAAUCCCAACCCCAACCCCAAAGCCAGAGAUAACCCCAGCGAGUCGGCGGCAACUCCAACGCCGCCGCGGCCUGUGGUUCUGGUGGAGAUGGGCGCCCCCACGUACCGGCUCGCGGCGGCGGUCACGGGCCCAUCGGGCGCCGAGGCCGGGUUCCUCGUCGCGCGGCAGCCGCCCCCGCCGCGGGUGCAGGAGGAGGAGGGGGAGUACGGGCGCUUCGUCGACAGCGACCUUUACGACCUCCCGUCGGCGCCCCUGCGGCGCCUCGCGCAGGGCGAGCAGGCCAGGCCGGGCGUGGCCGUCGCCGACGCGGAGGCGGAGGGCCCCCUCGACCUCUCGCGCCUCGACGUCCCCGCCGCUCUCGACCAGAUUUUGAGCCAAUUGGGCCUGACGAAUGCAAUGUGCGGGGAGUGGAGGCUCCUCAAGCAUAUCGAGGAACCAGAGUUCGGCCCGGACGCGGGCGUCAACACGGUGCUCGUCAUCACGUCGCUCGAGUCGAAACCGGAGGCGUUGCAAGACUCCUGUAAAUGGAUGUCCACGGAGGGGGCUCGGGAAUUGCUUUCUGACGUGAAGCCCGGUGAUACUCGAAUUGGGCCAUAUGUGCAUGUUGGAUUUGUGAAAUCGGAUCUAUCUUCAGAUUGUACAGCUGGCUCCACAUUGGUCUCCCAGGAGUACCCUCCCGGAAUUACCCUUGUACCAAUGAAGAGUAGUACCUUACGGCCUUUUCGUACGACUAAUCUUGUGGUAAUACAAGCAACCAGUGGUACAUGUGGAUCGAAGCGCCCUGAUUAUUUUGCUUGUGGUGAUGUUUUACUGAUAGAUCCUGGAUGUUGCUCACAGGUUCAUACAGAGCUUGCAGAUCUUGUCAAUUCCCUUCCAAAGAAGUUACUGGUCCUUGUUACACAUCAUCAUAAUGAUCAUGUUGAGGGUCUUUCGGUUGUUCAGAGAUGCAAUCCUGAUGCUGUUCUUUUGACACAUGAAAACACGAUGAAGCGCAUAGGGAAAGGGAAUUGGUCAACCGGCUAUACUGCUGUGACUGGUGGUGAAAGCAUAUGCAUAGGUGACCAAGAACUGCAAGUCGUUUUUGCUCCUGGUCAUACAGAUGGUCAUAUGGGGCUUCUCCAUGUCAAUACCAAUGCACUAAUUGUCGGAGAUCAUUGUGUAGGGCAUGGAAGUGCAAUAUUGGACAAUAGAGCUGGUGGCAACAUGAAGGACUACUUCCAAACCACAUACAAAUUCUUGGAGAUGUCGCCACACGUGCUAAUUCCAAUGCAUGGAAGAAUCAACCUAUGGCCCAAGCAUAUGCUUUGUGGAUAUCUCAAGAAUCGAAAGGCUAGAGAAGCCUCCAUUCUGCAAUCCAUAGAGAAUGGUGCUCAAACUUUGUUUGAUAUAGUUUCAAAGACUUACUGUGAUGUAGACAGGAAAUUGUGGAUUCCUGCAUCCUUUAAUGUUCGCCUCCAUGUUGAUCAUCUGAACUCUCAACAUAAACUUCCCAAGGACUUCUCAACGGAAAAGUUUGAAUCGAGCUGCGGAACACAUUUCAUAUUUUGGUGGGGCGUAGCGUAUGCCCAAGCCAGGAGCUCGCCGGCCCUCGUCAUCGCGGCAAGCGCCCUCGCCGCCGGUGGUCUGGCGAUCGCGUAUGCCCUCAGGAGGAGCAAUGGCAACCAGCCCUAG